CAUCUCUUGUACAAUGGCAAAUUACAGUACAACUUCUCAAAGUUUACUAAACUCAGAUUCUUCCACUCAAGUUCAGCUACUGGAGGAGAGAGAAUCAUGGCGUGUACAACACCACUCUCCUCCACCCACUACCACGCCAUCUUCUCUAACCCAUCAAAAUUUCCCAACUUUCGACCAAAUUCUCACAACCCAAUUCAACUUCGACCAAUUUCAUCCAACAAAAACCCACCAAAUCUCACAAAUUCCGAUAAAAAACGUUCUAGAUUUCGGGUAUUUGUCCGACAAACAAAAUCGACGAAAACUGGUGAUGUUUCAGAGCAAUCAGAGUCGCAGCAAUCCGAAAUUGAAUGUAUAGGAACAGGGACUGAAGUAGAAUGUGUUGUUAAUGAGAAUUCAGAGAGAAAUGAUGAAGAAUUAGGGUUAGGGUUAGGGUUAAUUGGGAAUUUGUGGGAAUGGGCAGUGUUGAUUUCACCCUUCUUCUUUUGGGGUACUGCAAUGGUGGCAAUGAAAGAGGUUUUGCCGAAAGUGGGUCCGUUUUUUGUUGCCUCGUUUCGGCUUAUUCCGGCGGGGUUGUUGUUGGUUGGGUUUGCCGCGGCUAAGGGUAGGUCUUUGCCUUCUGGGUUCAAUGCUUGGGCAUCAAUCUCUCUCUUUGCUAUCGUUGAUGCCACUUGUUUUCAGGGAUUCCUUGCAGAGGGUUUGUUGCGAACAACUGCAGGUCUGGGCAGUGUUAUAAUUGACUCACAGCCUCUUACAGUGGCUGUACUUGCAGCUUUUCUCUUUGGUGAGUCGAUUGGGUAUGUUGGUGCUGCAGGGCUGGUGCUUGGAGUUGUAGGGCUUUUACUACUUGAGCUACCUGUAAUUGCAAUCGAUGGGACUGAUUUUUCAUUAUGGGGGAGUGGUGAGUGGUGGAUGCUUCUAUCAGCACAAAGCAUGGCAAUCGGAACUGUCAUGGUGCGUUGGGUUUCCAAGUUUUCUGACCCAAUUAUGGCAACAGGAUGGCACAUGUUACUUGGUGGCCUUCCUCUGGUAGCUUUAUCGAUACUUAAUAAUGAUCCUGCAUUCAAUGGGAGUCUUAAUGAGCUCUCUGCUAGUGACUUUUCAGCACUGUUUUAUACAUCCAUCUUCGGGAGCGCUGUCAGCUAUGGUGUAUUUUUCUAUAAUGCGACUAGAGGUAGUCUGACAAAGCUUAGCUCUCUCACUUUUCUGACUCCAAUGUUUGCUUCUGUUUUCGGGUUUUUGUAUUUAGGUGAGAGCUUCUCGAAUGUGCAACUUGUUGGGGCCUUUGUAACAUUGGUAGCUAUAUACAUGGUAAAUUAUAAGAAAAGCACUGUGGAAUGAACCAGUGCAUUCUGGAUUUCAGUAAACCUACUUGAUAAGUUCAAGAGGAAGAACAUAUAUCAAACCUACAUUUUCAAGUGUGAUUGACGAAUCAUGUAGCUUAUACAUACACACACAUGGGACGUGUCAUCAUCAAAGAUUAAGUGAAAGAUAAUUAUACCAGGUAUAUUACGGUAUAAUGUGGAAGGACAGAUUUUCAAGCUACCUUGGAUUGCUGGAAUGAAGUGGAGCCACUUCUGGACUUGAACUCAUUAUCUUCUAUGGUGGACUUAUAGCAAGCUCAAAGUGCGCGAUCUUGGAUUCUCGGUAUUCCUUAAAUCUCUCUGUGAAUUGUAGGAGUUGGGAUAUAUGCUCCAAAGGUGGGUCGUGUAUAUAAUUGCAUUUCUCUAAGACCUACCGUAAGGAUUGAGGAAUGUUAGGGUUCUUACCAUUAUAAAAAAAAAAAAAAAAAAAAAAAAUAGAUGAUACGAAUCUGUACGUGACGAACUUCUAUCUUGGUGUUGGUUAUCGAUUAGAGAUUUCAAGUUUGAUAAUGAAGACUGCCUUGACUUAUAAGGUGUUUAUAUGGAUGAAAAGCCAAGGAAAUUUGAACAGCUAAAUAAGGUUAGGAAAAGUAAUAAAACUGUGAUGAGGGUUGAUGUUUUGUGUUAAUAUUACUCUUCUUAAUGAAUGGAAAAAAAACAUCAUAUUGAAUGUG